GCACACAACUUUAAUAUACAAUAUGUACAUAAAACAGGUUAUUAUCCAGGGCUUCAAGAGUUAUCGAGAUCAGACUGUUGUUGAGCCUUUUGAUAAGAGACACAAUGUAGUUGUUGGAAGGAAUGGCUCUGGCAAGAGUAACUUCUUUUAUGCAAUCCAGUUUGUACUAAGUGAUGAAUUCUCGCAUUUGAGGCCAGAGGAAAGGCAAUCCAUGCUUCAUGAAGGUACUGGCCCUCGAUCAGUACAUGCCUAUGUUGAAAUUAUUUUUGAUAACUCAGACAAUCGUGUGCCAAUUGACCAAGAUGAAAUAUUCUUGAGACGUGUCAUUGGUGCUAAAAAGGAUCAAUAUUUUUUAAACAAAAAAGUUGUGCCAAGAAGUGAAGUCAUGAAUUUAUUGGAAUCUGCUGGGUUCUCAAAUUCUAAUCCUUAUUAUAUUGUUAAACAAGGAAAGAUCAAUCAAAUGGCAACAUCACCCGAUUCUCACCGUUUGAAAUUAUUGAGGGAGGUAGCUGGAACGAGGGUGUACGAUGAGAGACGUGAUGAAUCGAUGGGUAUUUUAAGAGAAACAGAAGGGAAAGUCGAGAAAAUCGUAGAGUUUUUACGCACUAUUGAAGAUCGUCUUAGCACUUUAGAGGAGGAAAAGGAAGAGUUGAAACAGUAUCAACUUCAUGAUAGGAAUAGACGAGCUUUGGAGUACAUUAUUCAUGAAGUUGAAUUGAAUGAGAACAAAAGGAAAUUGGCAGAUUUAGAGAAACAACGAGGCGAAUCUGGUUCGGAACAGGAAAAACUUGCAGCUAACCUCAAGAAAGCUCAAGACCAAAUUAAAACCCUAUCACGUAAAUUAAAGGAAACCAAGAAAGGGCUUUCGUCUAUGAAAGACGAACGCGAUAUUCUAAACACGGAUAACCAAUAUUUGAUCAAGGAAAAGGCUAAAUUGGAUCUUACCAUUAAAGAUCUUUCAGAGGAAGUGCAGGGUGAUAACAAAUCCAAGGAACGCGCCGAGCACGAAUUGACGCGUUUGGAAAAUAAUAUAAAAGAAAAGGAGGCCGAGUUAGAAAAGGUGAAGCCGCAAUAUGAGGCUAUGAAAAAGAAGGAGGAGGAAUGCACGAGAGAGCUGAGUCUGAAGGAGCAAAAACGUAAGGAACUAUAUGCCAAACAAGGCAGAGGUAGUCAAUUUACUUCUAAAGAUGACCGCGAUCGUUGGAUUCAAAAUGAAUUAAAGUCGUUGAAUAAACAGUUGAAAGACAAACGAGACCACAGAGACAAGUUAACCGAGGAUUUGAAACGCGAUGCUGCCAAACAAAUUGAACUUAAUAAAAAGAUCGAAGAGCAGACGCAAGAGAUGGAACGGCAACGCAUUUGCAUCGACGAACAUAACAAGGCAUGUUAUGAAUUGCGCAAAAACAAGGAUCAGUUUCAAACGACCAGGAAUGAAUUAUGGCGCAAAGAAAAUAAUGCGCAGCAGAACAGAGCUUCAUUGAAGGAUGAAUUAGAAAGAGCAGAUCAAUCUUUACGUUCAAUGGCCGGUAAAGCUAUUUUAAACGGUCGCGAUUCUGUCCGAAAAGUCUUGGAAACAUUUAUGGCCCGCGGCGGAAGGGAUGCAGAAAUAGCACGGUCUUAUUAUGGACCGGUCAUAGAGAAUUUCAAUUGUGAUCAGUCCAUUUACACAGCCGUCGAAGUCACAGCAGGCAACCGUCUGUUCCACCACGUUAUUGAUUCCGAUAGGAUCGGAACGCAAAUUCUGAAAGAGAUGAAUAGGCAGAAGCUGCCUGGCGAAGUCACUUUCAUGCCUUUAAACAGGUUGAAUGUCCGAGUGAUGGAUUAUCCACAGGACGCGGAUGCCAUUCCCAUGGUCUCAAAAUUGCUUUACGAUGAAAAAUACGAUAAGGCCCUUCGAUUUCUGUUCGGCAGAACCUUAAUUUGUCGCAAUUUGGAUGUGGCUACGAAACUAGCUAGAACCACAGGUUUAGAUUGCGUUACAUUGGAAGGAGAUCAGGUCUCAUCGAAAGGUUCCAUUUCUGGAGGAUAUUUCAAUACGUCUCGUUCUCGCCUCGAGAUGCAGAAAGCUCGAACAGAAUUAAUGGAACAGAUUAAACAAUGCGAGGACGAGCUGCAAUCGCUUAGGGACGAUUUGAGUAAAACUGAAACAAGCAUCAAUAACGUCGUCAGUGAAAUGCAAAAGACAGAAACAAAAACAUCAAAGGCGAAGGCUAUUUUUGACAAAGUCAAGGGUGAUUUAAGAUUGAUGAAAGAGGAGUUGGCGAGUAUUGAGAGAUUCCGCGCGCCGAAGGAACGUUCUUUGACUCAAUGUAAGUCUAAUUUGGAAGCAAUGCAGACCACAAAGGAAGGUCUUGAAUCAGAGUUGCAUCAAGAACUCCUAUCUCAAUUAUCUGUCGCCGAUCAAGCACAGGUAGAUUCAUUGAAUGAUGAUAUCCAACGGCUGCAGCGCGAAAACAAAGAAGCCUUCUCUAUGCGCAUGAAAUUAGAAGCGGAGAAAAACAAGUUAGAUAAUUUGCUAACGAAUAAUUUAAUCCGGAGACGUGAUGAAGUGGUUCAUGCACUCCAGGAAAUAUCGUUAGAAGAUCGUAAGCGCCAGUUGAUAAACUCUAAAGCCGAAUUGGAGGAAACCGAUAAGAAGUUAGAAAAGUCCAACAACGAUGUAAUAUCUAUAGAUACAAAAAUCAAGGAGGUCACAAGAAAAAUGAAACACGAAGACUCAGAAUUAGAUAAGCUGAAGAAAAUCGAGAAAGACGCACAGGACAGGAUAGAUGAGGACGCAAAGCAUUUAGAGAAAUACGCCAGUAAACAAAACCUACUGGAACAGAAGGUAGCUGAAUCUGUGGAGAAGAUCAAUCAAUUGGGCGCGAUUCCAUCUCAAGAUCUUUACACGCAGUAUCACAAAAUGUCUUCGAGGGCUUUGUUCAAGGAACUCGAAAAAACAAAUAAUCACUUGAAAAAGUUCAGUCAUGUUAACAAAAAGGCGUUGGACCAGUUCAUGAGUUUUUCAGACCAAAAAGAGAAACUGCAAAAACGCAAAGAGGAAUUGGACAGAGGUGACGAGAAGAUCAAGGAACUUUUGGCGAUGUUGGAAACAAGGAAAAUGGAAGCGAUCCAAUUCACUUUCAAGCAGAUCUCGAAGUACUUCACACAGGUUUUCAAGAAGCUGGUACCUGCGGGUAAGGGCAAGUUGAUACUGAAAACGGUGGAUAACGAUGAGGGCAGGGAAAUCGGACCGGAGGACACAAAUGCCGACGUGUUCACUGGUAUCGGAAUAAAGGUGUCAUUCACUGACUCAGACGCGGAAAUGAGAGAAAUGAACCAGCUAUCGGGUGGACAGAAGUCGUUGGUCGCACUGGCCUUAAUCUUCGCCAUUCAAAAAUGCGAUCCAGCUCCGUUCUACCUUUUCGAUGAAAUAGAUCAAGCUUUGGACGCGCAGCACAGAAAGGCCGUCGCUAAUAUGAUUCAUGAACUGACAGGAGAAGCGCAAUUCAUCACAACCACUUUCCGACCUGAACUGUUGGAACAUGCCAAUAAAUAUUACGGCGUUAAGUUUAGGAAUAAAGUCAGUCACGUCGAGUGCGUUAGCAAAGAUGUUGCCAGGGAUUUCGUCGAAGACGAUCAAACGCAUGGAUGAGAACGACUCCAUAGUUUUAAGCAAAUAUAUUUUCUAUAUUUUGUUAGUAUUCACUUAUUUAUCUUGCAUAUGUUGAACCAAUUAGAAACUGAUAAAUAUAUUAUAUUCACCAAGA